ACAAGCUUCGUCUGCGACACGUGUAACGAUCUUAGUUGAUACAACGACCGCGUUCAUUUGCCGUUUCUCUCCUUCCUCCUUCGUCUCUCUCUCUCUCUCUCUCUGGAAAAAGGAUCGUGCAACAUUUCAAAAACCCUAGAUACACAAAAAGAGAUUCGGUUCCUAAUCCUCUCCGGAGAUUCUCCUCGAUUGAAAUUGAGAUCACGGUACAAAGGUUGUAAAACUCUGUGUUGAGAGAUGAGCUCACAAGAGUCGAGAGCAAGCCGAGGAAUUCGACGGAGGAAAGCUGUGAUUGAUCUCAAUGAGGUUCCCAGAGAUCACGAAGGGACGACCUCCGCUUCUGUGAGAGAAGCUCCUACGGUGGUGCCUAGUGGCGGGUCUGUACCUUCUCAGCCUGUUCCUACCAUGAUUGAUGUCGAUGCUAUUGAAGAUGAUGUUAUUGAAUCAUCCGCAAGUGCUUUUGCUGAAGCUAAGAGCAAAUCAGCAGGUGCACGUCGGAGGCCGUUGAUGGUUGAUGUAGAGUCAGGUGGUACGACUAGAUUGCCUGCCAACGUAAGCAACAAACGGAGAAGGAUUCCUCCUAAUCAACCUGUCAUCGACUGUGAGCAUGUCCCUGUAGAUGUGAGAGAGUCUAGCCCAAAGCCUCCUCCACCACCACCAGAGGAGCCAAAGUUUUCUUGUCCGAUCUGUAUGUGCCCGUUCACCGAGGAGACGUCAACCAAAUGCGGUCACAUCUUCUGCAAGGGAUGUAUAAAGACGGCAAUAUCUCGACAAGCCAAGUGCCCUACUUGUAGGAAAAGGGUGACUGUUAAAGAGCUGAUUCGAGUAUUCCUUCCAACCACCAGAUGAAUUGUACAUCAAACAAUCACCUUGUCUAACAGCUAAGCCUCAAUUCGCUUUGGAACAUUGGAGGGACUUCAGUGACUUGGCGUUUUAGUUUGAAUGUUUCACUUUAUUGGAAGAGAAAUAUUCAUUGUUUAAGAAGGCCCCCUUUCAUUUAAUGGAUAUCAUUGGUAAUAUCGGAUUUGUUUGUUUCCUAGUUGUUGUUUUAUGUAAUUUAUGUCUCUGCAAACUGCUCAGAGGAUGCCUUACUCUCUCUGAUAGAUGAAAAAUAUAUAUAUGGAAGAAACAAAAUUUGAUACUGAAUCUCAACUUUGUUGUUGCUUCC